AUGAAGCACCUGGCCACCCUAGGUGUGGCCAUUCUUCUUCAUGAAGUCUCCGCCUUGAAGGCCUACCAGUCCUACAGCUUGCUGGGUGGCAGCAGCCUGGACUCGCUGAACUCAGUUCUGGGCGCCAUCCAGCAGCGCCUCGGGCAGCAAUCGCCCUUGGCAAAGACGGAUGAGCUGCUGAGGCAGAAGCCUACUUUGACAAAAUCCAUCAUCAACGAGAUGGGCAAAUAUGCCGUCAGCUGGCGACAUGAGAUAGAGACCGAGAAAGAGGCAGCAGUCAAGAUCUUGAAGGAGUCCUAUGCAGAGGUGAUCGCCUGCAAAGCGGAUUUCCUCAGUGAAAUGGAUUCUGCCAAUGUGAUGCAGGCCAACCUGCCCAACAUGAGCGAGGCCCAUAGAAGCUGCCGAGCACAGCAAAGCCGUCAGCACCAGAAGGUGCUGAUUUGCGAGGCAUCACUUCGAGGGAAGACAGCAGUGCGCAAGACGGAGUGCAAGAACUUCAAGGACAACUACGACACCCUCCCGCAGCCCAAGAACUUCUGGUCGGCCGUUUGCGAGGUACAGCCUCCAGGCCAAGCACCGAAGGAGUACUUUGGCCAUCAGCUGGCUUUCUGGGACUCCUUGCUGAAAAAGCAUGACGAGGCUGACAAAAAGUGCCAGAACGCUACGAGUGAAGAGUUGGCCAAGGAAAGAGAAUGCCUGGAGCUAGCGGCAGUGCGCCAGAAUUUAACCAGCGAGUGCGAUGCGCAGCAGGACAGAAUGGACACUGAUGCCUGCACGCAGAUGCGCGGCCGAGUUGGGGCCUGCGCAGAUUAUGACAGGUGCUACCAGCAUGCAGUGGACUCGUGGCUCUACUUGCGGAAAGAGACUUGUGGUCCUGGUGGAAAAGAGCACAACUUGAAGAUGCAACUCCAUGAGCUGCUCAACUUGGAGUGCGUCCUUGAGGUAAUGCAAAAGGAGCCCCAGGAGUUCUGGGCUGCUGGGAGUGCCCGCUGCAGCGAUCAGAAUCGCAACACGACGCGGCCUCAGCGAGCGGGGCUGAGCGAAAUCUCCAACCGCGGACACUUCAACUGGUCCUUGCCUUUGGCAGAGGCCCUGCUGACUGGAGUCAAAGGGGACAAGCCUGCAGUGGAUCAGGUUUACACAUCGAUCAGCAGCACCGGGGAUACAGAUGACGAAGGAAGAACUGCAGUGGAGCAGCACUUCGAGCAUGAGGUGAGGGAAAGAAAGCUUGGAGCAUCACUAGCUGAAGCAUUUGAAGCCAUCACGCCCGCCGCCCCUGUUCAAGAUGCAUUGCAGCAACGGCUCCGGAAAGACGUGGCAGUCGUUGUUUAUGAGCAGGUGUGGUGUAGUUUUGCAAGGGCCGUGGCUGCUUCAGCCUCAGUGCCAUCCAUUUCCUUCCAGCCCUCUUACAUAGACGUCUUCCGAAUGCAUGCUGGAGUUCCGCCUAGCUGCUUUCAAGAUGACUAUGACCUUGGCCCGGAGGAGAUGGUAUACACGCUGGCAACCUGCCUCCGUAGGGCUGCCCCAGUUCCAGCCGGCAGGCGUGCAGUGGGCGCCAUACUGCCCCUGAAAAGCCGGGCGGAUGCUUUGCCCAAUGAGCUGAUGGAGUGGCUGGCGAGCGAAUUGCCCGUUGUGUAUUGCUCCCUGGGCAGCCACAUGUUGUCCAGCACGCUGGCGCCUGGGAGUUUGAGCCAGCUGGUCAAGGGGGUGCUGGACGCUGGAUGCAAGCUUCUCAUGGUGCUCAGCGAAUCUGCCCAGCGCACAGCCAUGACUGACUCGACCUUUGCAGAGUAUGUGGAGAAGCCUGGAAGCUUGCGGAUAGAAACGUGGGUCAACCAGCCGAAGGUGCUCGCGCACCCUGGGAUUCAAGUGUUUGUCAGUCAUUGCGGCGCGAAUUCCGUUCAUGAGUGCCUUGCGCAGGGCAUUCCCAUUGUGGCAAUGCCUUUUUUCGACGACCAGUACUACAAUGCAGCUGCACUUGUACAAGCUGGCGCGGGCUUCCGGGUCCAGAAGCGGCCAAUCACUGCGGGGCAGGUGACAGCAGCAGUCAAGGCCAUGCUGACAUCAGAAGCGAAAGCAGCAGCCAAGAUUCUGCAGAAGGAGCUGCUGGCAGAGGAAGGAACUGAAGCAGCGGUGCAGCUGGUCACUGCGCUUAUCCAAGAGAGCCAAGAGGUGUGCAGCUGA